ACCCUCACAAGCCAACAGCCAACAAGGCGAGAGUUUUUCUCUCAAGCAAAUAAAAUAAAAUGCCUUUUUAGCCAAAUUAUGAAAAUAAUGAAAUUAAUAUAACAUUUGGUGGAAUACUCGGUGUGUCCAAAUGUGUGGAAAAAAUUGUCUACACACCAAAGAAAAACACAAAGUCAAGUGUGUAAUGUGCAAGUGUAUGCGUUAUAUUCCCCCUGAAAGUAUGCCAUAAAUCAUUGAACCGUUUUCAGUGCAAAUUAAAUAUCUUCCCCGCUAAAACAAAAGGAGAUACCAGGACCUGUGGGCAAGGCGAGAAUCAGAACCACAACAACGGCAAGAGCAACAGCAACAGCAACAUAAUCAGCACCAAUUCAACCAAAAAAGGAGCAGUAAUUCGUUCAGCAACAACAACUACAAAAACCAUUUUACCAAAUUGGCAGAGCAGCAACAAACGCAGUGAACAAGAGGAAGCAUCAGCAGAAUGUCUAAUCAGGGACUUCUACGUGUUGCUGCCAUUAACGCAACCAAUCGUAGCAGUGGCGGAGGAGGCGGUCGCAGUGCUGGCAGCAGUACAUGUAGCUCAGCCAGUGUAUCACCCAUACCCAUACCGGUGAUUGCCAUAAGUCCAGGAGAUGAUUCCUCCGAAUCGGAAAUUGAAGCUGAGCCAGCGAAAAUAUUUCAUCGACGUGUUUCCACCAAACGCAAUGUCAACAGUUCGGUUGCCAUUAAGGAGGGUUUCCUGCUUAAACAAACGUGGUCCUUUCAACGUUGGCGUCGGCGUUUCUUUCGCUUGAAACGCAAUAAACUCUACUAUGCCAAGGAUCCCAAGAGUGAUGUCUUCGAUGAAAUCGACCUGUCCGAUUUGUGUACGGCCGAGUGCAGCAUUAAAAACGUAAAUCACAGUUUUCAGGUUAUCACACCCACACGAUCCUUAGUAUUGUGCGCUGAAUCAAGACGCGAAAUGGAGGACUGGCUGGGUUCACUGAAAUCGGCCUCCAUACCACCCCGCUCACGAGGUGACAGCUUUUUCAUAGAACAGCACGACAUAUUCGCUAAUCACCAUCACUGGUAUGCCACAUCGCACGCCCGACCAACCUACUGCAAUGUCUGCCGUGAUGCCCUGUCGGGAGUCACCUCACAUGGCCUCUCCUGUGAGGUGUGUAAGUGCAAGGUGCACAAACGCUGUGCCGCCAAGGCCAUAGCCAACUGCAAAUGGACCACAUUGGCCACGGUGGGCAAGGACAUAAUUGAAGACCAGAAUGGCAGCAUUGUUAUGCCCCACCAAUGGAUGGAGGGCAAUUUGCCAGUAUCGGCCACCUGUGCCGUUUGCAAGAAGACUUGUGGUUCGGUCUUGCGUCUGCAGGACUGGAGGUGUUUGUGGUGUCGAACCACAGUGCAUGUGGCCUGUCGUCCCCAUGUGGCCAUAGCAUGCCCCUUAGGACCAGCCAAGCUGUCGGUGGUGCCUCCCACAUGCGUACAUUCCAUAGGCAAUGACGACUCAUGGGAUGUGGCCAGCCCCAAGGGCAACUUUUCUCCCCUCUUGGUGUUUGUGAACUCAAAGUCGGGCGAUAACCAGGGAGUGAAAUUCUUGAGAAGAUUUAAGCAACUUCUGAAUCCGGCACAAGUUUUUGACUUAAUCUCCACGGGGCCCGGUCUGGGCUUGAGGCUGUUUCGUCACUUUGAAAUGUUUCGCAUAUUGGUGUGCUCUGGCGAUGGCUCAGUGGGAUGGGUUCUCAGUGAGAUUGACCGCUUCAGCAUGCAUAAACAAUGUCAAGUAGCUGUUCUUCCUUUGGGUACUGGCAACGAUUUGGCCCGUGUACUUGGCUGGGGCUCCUCUUGCGACGAUGAUGCCCAUUUGCCACAAAUAUUGGAACGCUAUGAGACCGCCAGCACCAAAAUGCUAGACCGUUGGAGUAUAAUGGUCUUCGAAAAGGCCGUUUCGGUACAUCCCAAAAUGCCAAAAAUGUCAUUGUCCUCGGAGCAAGAGGCCCUGCUCACUGGCAUGGUUACAGCGGCCAAUGAGAAUCUACGUUCCAUAGUGGAGACCGAUGAUUUGCCCACCUUGAUGUCAGCCACCAAGACUUUGUGUGAGACAAUCGACGAUCUGUUGGAGCGCAUGUGCGAGCACCGCAAAGAAGAUGACCAAUUGACCCUCAAGUGUGACAUUCUAAGGCAGAAGGUCAAUAUGCUGUUGGACGCCUUAAAGGAGGAGGAGACUGGUUCGCACAAUGGCGACGAUUUGCUGUCGACCAUAAAUAGCAUUAUAGCCAAAUCGGCACCCAAUUCACCCAUUCUCACGGCAUCGUCCUCCAGCUUGCUAAAUCCCAACAUAUCAAUCGAGAAAAAUGAAAAGGAUCAAUUGAAUCUCAAAGAAAGACGCAACAGCCGAUCCUUGCGCGGCAACGAGAGAGAGGCCUUGCAGAGUCGCGCCAACAGCGUCAAACGGGCCAUGUACAAUGUUGUGGAACACUCGGAGCCCGGCAGGCCGAAACGUUAUCAGCGCCGCCUGUCGGUGACACCCUUUGAAGCUUUGAAAAUCCCCACCACAACCUCAAGUGAUUCAACACCCUGCACCUCGCCCUUGCCCAUCAUACCACCCAUCAACAUCAUUUCGCCCACCAUGGAGUCGUCGCGUCUAACAUGCAUAUCACCUUUACCGGACACGCGUCGCGAAUCCAUGGAUGAGCAUUUCUUCAAUACCAUCAGUUUGCCGGUACCAAGGCAAUUUGCAGACAGUCGCCGCAGUUCGGGAGUGCCCGAGGUUAUACAGGAACAGGAGGAGAAUGGCAACGGCCACGUUGAGACCACAUAUCGCCGUACUCGUCUAUCUCUUAGUGGAGGGGCCAACAUUGACGAUGCUGGUAAUCGUCUGUCGCCUGGCAGCGAAGGCGCCUCCACUCCUACGGAGAGAAACUUCCUCACUGUGCCCAUCCUGACCAGUGAUCAUCUGGUCGAUCCCCUCUCCGAAUUUCGGCCCAUCGAAGUGUUUGAGCGCAACUACUACAUGAGCAAGCAGUUGGACAAGGACAAGGAGCAGGAGGAAGGCCACCAGGGCAAGAGAGUCACCAUCAGUGGCGAGGCUCUGGUGCAUACGUGUGAUCUUCAGGUACCCAGCAUUGUAGUAUCCCCUAAAGACGCUUGUAAUGUCUAUACAAGCGAUAACAUAACAAUAAUCGAUACUGAUGGGAACACCGAGCAGUCUUCGGAGGAAGAAUUCCAGGGAGAGCCCAGCGAUGUGCUGUCGGCCAUUAGCAACGAGGAAUGCAGUGUGGCCUCUGAAAUAUUUGAUAAGCAGGAGCCGCCCUUGACGGGAUACCAGCUGGGAGAUAUUUUGCAGAAUUUGGAUUCAAACGAAUUCACCCACAUCGACUCUCCCGAGACUAGCGAUGAAACUGAAAAUAUUCCCGGCGAAAGUCUUAUGGAUGAUAUCAGCUCCGUAUUGGGCCAUGACAUUACCUAUGCCCUGCAGGACAAUACCAUCACGGACGACACCACACUGAUGUGCUCAGAAAGGGCUGCAGUUCCACCGCCAAAGCCUGCCCGGGCCAAGCAAACGGCCAGGCGUGGUUCCUCUCCUCCCCGCAUUCCCCGUCUGGAUCGAAUGGACAGCGAUGACAAUCCCCAGCAAUUUGGCUUUGAGAACAUUGUCUUCGAGAUAGACAAUCGCUGUGAUGACCAAAAGAUACGAGAGCCCCCACGCUUCUGCUCAUUGGCGCAAUUCGUGGAGGGCAGUGAUAUAGCCCGUCAGAGUUUCAAGCGACCCAAGAAACGCUCCUCCCUUAAACAAACUAAACAAACCACCUCGACACUUGUAUCCCAACAGCAGCACUCACUAGAUGAGGUCACCGUGGCCACGACGGCCAUCACCAGCAGCGUGCACACCUUGACUACGACCAGCGGCCAUCAGUCCGAAGAUGAUUUGUCAACGGCCACAGCCAUCAGGAUCGAAGUAAGCGACACCACCACCAGCACCUCCUGCUUGAAGUCGUCACCGAAGAAAUCCAUUCCCGGACAAGAUGUAAAGCGAAUAACUUUUGAUGACUCCUGUAAGAAAGAAUCAUUUGAUGAUGUAACUCCUCAUCAUCCACAGAUAAGUGUUGUUGUCCGGCCACCCACCCCCCUUAGAGGAGAUGCCAUAAGGCCCCUUAACCCGGAUGCUUGUAGCAGUCUACUGGCCAUACGAGUGCCCUCAGAAAUUCGCAGGCACUCCAGCCAUGCAACAUCGCUAACGGUGCGAGAGUUUGACAAGGACAAGGAUCGACGCCAUUCCGGGUUCAAUCCCAACUAUUUGAGUUUGGAUCCAGAGCAUAAUCGCUUCCUCAAUUCCUCGCCAGCCGCAAGUCGUAGAAUAAGCUGUGGCAGUCUCUUCAAGAAAAGAUCGAAGGGUAUUUUGUCGGAGCGUGUCUAUGGUUUGCUGGGCUUGAAACUUUUUGUGGUUGCCGAACCCGAUAUACGCCUGGCCACCUUGGCCCUAAUCAGGCCAUUGAUACUGCUGCCCAAUGAAGCAUUGCCAAAUCUUCAAAACUUUAAAGGAUCGAAAGCGAGUCUCUUCACCGGAUCCAGUCUCUUUGGCUUCGAUCACUUUGGCACUGGCCCCGAAAAGGAGGACAAGGAGAAGAAGGACAAGACACCUACUGAGGAAAAUCGCAAGUUGCCCAUCAUCAAUCCCAUUGUGAAAUUGCCCAACUGGCCAAAUCUAACGGGCGGAGGCUCUGGUUUUAUAUCGAAAUGCCUCUUGGCCAAUGCAGAUACUCUGUGCGCCGCUGUCAGCCCUCUCAUGGAUCCGGAUGAGACCCUCUUGGCCGGCUACCAUGAGAAAUGUGUCAUGAAUAAUUACUUCGGCAUAGGCAUAGAUGCCAAGAUCUCCUUGGACUUCCACAACAAGCGGGAGGAACAUCCAGAGAAGUGUCGUUCUAGAGCCAAAAAUUACAUAUGGUACGGAGUACUGGGCUCCAAGCAGCUCUUGCAAAAGACCUGCAAAAAUCUGGAACAAAGAGUGCAGUUGGAAUGUGAUGGCCAAAGGAUACCAUUGCCUUCGUUACAGGGCAUAGUGAUUUUGAAUAUUCCCAGUUUUAUGGGGGGCACCAAUUUCUGGGGCAAUUCCAAGAAAGAUGAUAUUUUCCUGGCCCCCAGUUUCGAUGACCGCAUUCUCGAGGUGGUGGCAGUCUUCGGCUCCGUGCAGAUGGCUGCUUCUCGCCUAAUCAAUCUGCAGCAUCACCGCAUUGCCCAGUGCCAAAGUGUCCAAAUCAACAUACUGGGCGAUGAGGAGAUACCCAUACAAGUGGAUGGCGAGGCCUGGCUACAACCACCCGGCAUGAUUCGCAUCCUCCACAAGAAUCGUGUGCAAAUGUUGUGCCGCAAUCGCAAUUUGGAGGCCUCUCUAAAGACCUGGCAGGAGAAACAACGACAACAUAGCAUUUCCAUACAACGAGACCAUUCAUCAACGGCUUCGGAACAUGCCACCUCCACGGAUGAGGUCAUUUCGGAGCGCGAAUGCUAUGUUCUGCUCAACUUCAUUGAGGCUGUCAGCUCUCUCAUCAAAUGGGUGAAGUUCUUGAUUAUAUCCCAUCCCACAUUGAGGCAUGAUCUCUAUGCGGUGGCCUGUCGAGCCCAGGAUGCCUUGGAGAGUAUACACCCACAGGGAAAGUUGCUGGAAGGGCCUUCGCUGCGCACAAACCUGGUGGAGGUAAUAGACUCCUCGCGUCAACUCUACGACGAUGCCUGCACCCUACUGAGAGAUCGCGGCCACAGCUUGAUUUUAAGAGAAGAUCUGGAAAGCAAGCUGAGUGCUGCCUUGGCCAACAUGGAAAUGGAAUUGAAGAAGUGCUCGGUGCAGAAGUGUGUGGAUGGCAAGCUGAGGGCCUAUUUCAAUGUUUUGGCUCCCAACGAAGAGGGUGAUGGCCGCCGCAAAUCUCGAGCUUUCUGGACUCGUCUGCGCUCUGGUUCCACUGCAGGCCAAAAUCAAUUUAAGCCUCCUCUAACCAACACCCGAGAGGCCGUUAGCAAUUGGAGUGUCAACGAGGUGGUCACCUGGCUGGAGACCAUGCAGCUAUCCGAAUAUGUUGACAGUUUCCUGCGCAAUGAUAUUCGAGGCAAGGAACUUUUGACAUUGGGCCGAAGAGACCUCAAGGAUUUGGGAGUCAUCAAAGUUGGUCACGUCAAACGCAUUUUGCAGGCCAUCAAGGACAUGAAUGAUAAUUAGAUUCCUCGUGAUUACCCCAAUCAAAACCAAAAAAAAAAAAUAAUACCCUGUAACACAGCGGUGGUGUAGGGUAUAAGUAUUGCUUAACACAAUCAUAGACCUAUUCUUUUACACAUGCAACUCUAAAUUUUUUAUUGGACGAUACCCGUAAUAAUGACUAGCUAAGCUAAAAUUAAACAAAACAAAAAUAUUUGCAUACAUAUUUUGAUGUCGAGAGAUACAAACGAGAGCCAACGUUUUACAUUUUCAUAUCCCAAAGUAAAAGAAGACAAAUUUUCAUUGACAAUUUUUUAUAUAUAUGUAUAUGUUAUUUUGUAUGUGUAUGUUUGCAAGUGUUCCACUAGAUCUAUUUUCACCCAAUCCAGAAUUUGUCGAAUACAUUCCAUAAUAUGACCAAUAUAGGCCCAAAUGGCUAUGACAGUGAAUUUUUUUCACUUUUGCUGUUAUUUUUCGAGAAAAUAUUUUAUUAAUGAAUACGAGAGAAUUUUAGCAUGAGAGCUUAAUAGGCCUCAUAUGGCCUGACCCGGUUCCUUCCACAUUUUAAUAUCUGAAUAUUUUGCUAUCCGAAGUCUCCAUUAACUUCAAUGUAGUUAUGUGUUUGGAGACUUGAAAGAAGUCAUAUUGUGUCGCGAUUUUAUGGUUACGUUGACCAAAUAUCGAAGUAGUUGUAGUAGGUGAAUGAAAUUUGACACAGAUCUAUUCUAUUGUUUAAGAAGACAUGGAUCUUUAAUCCCAUGCCACUUCUUAAUCUCCAAGAUCCUACAAAAUGCUGAUUUUUCAACAUAUUUGUCUAAAGUUUUGGUUGUUUUUUCCUCUUCCCAACCAUGACGAAUGGUGGCCAAAUCGGAACAACUUUCCCCAAAUUUGAGUCCUCAGACCACAGCAGACUUAUUUUUAGAAAAUAAAUGCGCAUCCAGAUACAUUCGCCUGCAGGUAUGAGCUUACUAGGAGGAGCCUUAGCCUGCACCCUGCUGAGAAUCUCUUUCAUGUGUACAUGCCAAUAAAACCCUACACCCACACCUACAAUGAAGGUAUGGAGGAUUUUAUCAAACCAUCUGCAGGGACCAUGCCGUCCUGCCGAUGUAUUAAAGAAGCCUUUGUAACGAUAAGUUACCUUUAGAUACUGUGGUAUGCUUUUCGGACUCGGCUAUAAAAAAAGUCCCUUAACAUUGGUUUAAACUUGAAUCGGAAGGCACUCAUUGAUGUGCCCCUUCCCGGUUUCUGGUGGUAAUGUUCUUCCUUAGGGUAAUGUUCUCAUUGGGGGAGAGAUGGCACCUCAGGCAUUUCGACUCAAAUAUGGAUAUCAAAUUCGUGAUGCACUUCCAAAAUCCCUUUAAUUUGAGCCCGAUAUUCCCAUGGCAGGCAAUUAUGAACCGUUUGAAGGGUGUUUUGGGGCUGAAGCGGCCACGGCACUUUGCACUGACAAUAGAUAUCAAAUUCAUUCUUUAUUCCCAUGUUUUAAUGUUUUAUGCCAUUUUUGAUUUUCAUUCGAAUCCCAUAUUGACAUGAACUUCGAAUAUAUCUGUUUAGAGGAGUUUUGGGGUUGGGGGGCCCGUUGCGUGCUUGGACCCAAAUUUUAAUACGAUAUUCGUUUUCUGGUCUCCAAUACCUUUCAUUUGAUGCCCUUAUUGUGCCCAUCGGACCACUUUCGGAUAUGGGUGGCGUUUUUGGGGUAAGGGGGAAGGUCCGCCUCCGACCCGAUGGGUACUUACACUCAAAUUUUAAUACCAUAUUCGUAUUCUACUCUCCAAUACCUUUCAUUUGAUACCUAUAUUGUCCCGAUUGUACCACUUUUGAUUUUGAGUUGUGUUUUUGGCAUAAGGGGGAGGGUCCGUCCCCUUUCCGAUACCAAAAAAUUAUAUAGUCUAUGUUUCCUUCCAGAACAACCUACAAAAUAUGCGGAAAUUUCGAGAAAAUCGGUUUUGCCCUGUUUCAGUCUAUACGGAACAAACAAACCGAGUCACAUAUAUCCGUGAUUGGCUAAUAUGCCCAUUUUGUGCGUUUUUGUGGGAGUAAGGUGACCCCCUAUACUUGGACAUGAAUUUUUAUGCCAGAUUUGUUUUCUACUCCCGCAUACUUUUCAUUUGAUACCCAUAUUGUCCGUAUCGGCCCAUUUUUAAUUUUGGGUGGUGUUUUUGGGGUAACGGUGGAGGGUCCGCCCCCUUCCGAUGUCAAUAAAUUAUAAAGCCUAUUCCUACUUACUGACUAUACUCGUAAUCUACUCCCGAAUACCUUUCAUUUGAGCCCCAUAUUGUCAUGAUCAUCAAAUAAACCUAUUUUAAGGGGUUUAGGGGCUGGCGCGACCCCCUAGGUACUUGGACCCAACUUUUAUUUUGAAAUUCGUACUCUACUCUUGAAUACCUUUCAUUUGAAUCACAUAUUGUCCCAAUCGGUCCACGUUUAUUUUUGGGUAGUAUUUUUAGGGUAAGGGGGAGGGUCCGCCCCCCUCCCGAUAUCAAAAAAUUAUAAAGCCUAUGUUUCCUUCCAGACCAACCUACACAAUCGGUUCAGCCGUUUUUGAGUCUAUGCGGAACAAACAAACAAACACAAAUUGAAUUUUAUAUAUAAGAUUAGCUUGGUGUCAAUAAGGGGGGUGUUUCGAUUAGAAGCACAUUCGCAGAGGGACUCGGUUGGUCGGAUUGAGCAGCGGGCAUAUCCUAAUACACAUUUGGGUGUCAGCGUUUGGCAACUGAUAGAGAGUAGAGAAAGCUUUGCUACUGGGUGCGAUAUGUAGUCACUGUAGACGACAAGGACGCCCAUCCUUGUAUUCGAUAUGUCACGCUGGUUGGCGACAAAGAGGUAUACCCUACUACAUGGCACUGUUCGGGCUCACUUACGCUUACGACACGAGAAGGCACGAUUAAUAAACAGAAAAACUCGGGCGCGGUGAGCAGAUGAGUAACAAGGAGGUAGAUCUCAAUAUACGCCACAAUACGCGGGUUGGUGGCUAGGGGGUACAAACUAGUACACGGCCUUAUUCGGGUUUACUGGCGUUCGUGCCACGAAAUUACGAAAGGGUACUCCGUUAUUAAGCCACAAGAUACGGUCCCAGUGAGAAGAUGAGUGGUAAGAAGACGACACUGUUCAGGUUCACUGGGGGUGACGGAACAAAAUGGCGACAUAUAACGCGGUUUCGAUCGCCGUGCCAAAUGAGUGGGAAGGAGGCACACCCUAAUAAACAGCACUCUUUAGAUCACUCGCAAUGAGGGAAGGAGAAGGCGAGAGGGGUAUCCGUUAGUUAUAAAAUGGGGUUCGGAUGCGAUACCAAACGAGUGGCAAGUAGACACACCCCAAUAUACGGCACUGCUCACCCGCGAUCACAGAGCUAAGACGAAAGGGGACACUCUACUUACAAUAGGAACUGGGCGACGGGAAGGCACAUCCUAAUGUAAGACACUCUUAAAUCACAUUACUCACCUCAUCUGCACAGCUUCUGACUCCUAGGUUGAAUGUUCUAAGUACUCGUUGUGACUCCCUUUUUUAUACCCACCACCGAAGGUUGGGGGUGUAUUCAUUUUGUCAUACCGUUUGCAACACAUCGAAAUAUCCCUUUCCGACCCUAUAAAGUAUAUAUAUUCUUGAUCAGCGUAAGACUAUCUAGACAUGUCCGUCAGUCUGUCUGUCUGUUGAAAUUACGCUACAGUCUUAAAAAAUAGAGAUAUUGAGCUGAAACUUUGAAUAGAUUCUUUUUUUGUUCAUAAGCAGGUUAAGUUCGAUGAUGGGCUAUAUCGGACUAUAUCUUCAUAUAGCCCCCAUAUAGACCGAUCCGACGAUUUAGGGUCUAAGGCAAUUAAAAGCCACACUUAUUCUCCGAUUUUGAUAAAAUUUGAGACAGUGAGUUGUGUUAAGCCUUCCGAAAUUCUUCAUCAAAUCGGUUCAGAUUUAGAUAUAGCUGUCAUAUAGACCGAUCCUCCGAUUUAGGGUCUUACGCCCAUAAAAGGCGCAUUUAUUGUCCGAUUUCGCCGAAAUUUUGGACAGUGAAUUGUGUUAGACCCUUCGAUAUCCUUCUUGAAUUUGGCUCUGAUCGGUUCAGAUUUGGACACAGCUGCCAUAUUGACCGAUCCUCCGGUUUAGGGCCUUAGGCUCAUAAAAGCCAUAUUCAUUAUCAGAUUUCGCCGAAAUUUAAGACAGUGAGUUAUGUAAGGGCCUUCGACAUCCUUCUACAAUUUGGAUCUAAUCGGUCCAGAUUUGGUUAUAGCUGCCAUAUAGACCGUUCUCUCGAUUUAAGGUUUUGGGCCCAUAAAAGCCACAUUUAUUAUCCGAUUUUGCAGAAAUUUGGGACCAUGAAUUGUCUUAGGCCCCUCGACAUUUUUCUUCAAUUUGGCCCAGAGCGGUCCAGAUUUGGAUAUAGCUGUCAUAUAGACCGAUCACUCGAUUUAAGGUUUUGGACCCAUAAAAGGCUCAUUUAUUGUUCGAUGUCGCCGAAAUUUGGGACAGUGGGUUGUGUGGGGUCCUUUGACAUUCUUCUUGAAUUUGGUUUACAUCGGUCCAGAUUUGGAUAUAGCUGCCAUAUAGACCGAUCUCUCGAUUUAAGGUUUUGGACCCAUAAAAGACACAUUUAUUGUCCGAUUUCACCGAAAUUUGGGACAGUGAGUUGUGUUAGGCCCUUCGAUAUUCCUCUACAAUUUGGCCCAGAUCGGUCCAGAUUUGGUUAUAGCUGCCAUAUAGACCGAUCCUCCGAUUUAGGGUCUUACGCCCAUAAAAGCUACAUUUAUUAUCCGAUUUUGCUGAAAUUUAGGACAGUGAGUUGUGUUAGGCCCGUUGACACAACGCUUCUAUUUGGCCCGGAUACGUUCAGAUUUGAAUAUAGCUGCCAUAUAUACCGAUUCGCCGAUUUAGGGUCUUAGGCCCAUAAAAGCCACAUUUAUUACCCGAUUUUGCUGAAAUUUGGGACAAUGAGUUGUGUUAGGCUUUGACAUUUUUCUGCAACUUGGCCCAAAUCGGUUAAGAUUUGGAUAUAGCUACCAUAUAGACCGAUCUUUCAAUUAAAGGUCUUGGCCCAUAAAAGGCGCAUUUAUUGUCCAAUGUCGCCGAAAUUUGGGACAGUGAGUAAGGUUAAGCCCUUCCACAUUAUUCUUGAAUUUGGUUUACAUCGGUCCAGAUUUGGAUAUAGCUGUCAUAUAGACCGAUCUCUCAGUUUAAGGUUUUGGGCCCAUAAAAGGCGCAUUUAUUGUCCGAAUUCGCCGAAAUUUUGGGACAGUGAGUUGUGUUAGGCUUUUCGACAUCCGUGUCGUAUAUGAUUCCGAUCGGUUAAUUUUUAGAUAUAGCUACUGUACUUAUUAUUAUUUGGUCCAAAUCGGAACAUAUUUCGAUAUAACUGCUAUGGGACAUAAGAUAUGCAAAAGCAUAUGCUAUUGGUGGCUUGUAAACUAUAUUAUGAGCUGUCAAUAAAACAAGUAUCAUAUAGCAGUAAUUUCUAAUUUGACAGGUAUACCAGUGUGAACUUUAUUUUCAUUAGCCGAACUUGGAAAAGAUUUAUAAGCGUCUUGAUCUUCUGCAACAUUCCCAAAUUCUGACACUUACAUCAGAUUUCUUUGUCCACUUGGUCUUUUUGUGAUCCCUUACGCUCUUUUUUUGAAUAGUGUUAUAGUGUGCCAAGCCUAUUCACUCACACCACACUCGUUUGGUACUGCAUAGUUCGGAAAGAUACUUUUCUUAUCCAACAUAGGAACGUUUGUCAUUUAGUGUCAUACUGCAAGCCGUAUCAAUGCCUAUGGGAUGUCAAAUUCAGAAACUUUUUUUUAUAAGACUCUGUAGAGGUUAGCCUCUCUGAAGUUUUAUGCUGUUCUCCACACCAUAUGGUCAUUUUGGAAUGUUUCAAAUGUUAACGAAUUAACUAAAAAACAAUAACAAACAUUUUGGAUUACUCAGCAAUCAUUACCUGAAACAUUAAUCCAAAUUAAACUCAAACCGCUUAAAUGAUCCAAAAGAGUGGUUAAAUGUAACAGCCAUUAUGAGUUAUUAAUGUUAAGUUAUAGAAGAAUGUGUUAAAGAAGAAUAUUACAAAAAAUAUACGUAUACAUGAAUUAAAGAAAUGAAAGACGAAUUUAAUUUCCCUUAAAAAACAUUCUUUAAAUUUAUCAACAAACAAAAAAAGAAAAGAAAACAACAACAACUUUAAAACCAGCGAUCCUUAAUGUUAUUAUGAUUAAUUCUACAAUUAAAUUUAAAACAAAACAAAAAAAUCUUAAGCAAAAAAAGAAGAAAACAAUAUAACAGAUGCAUUCUAAAUUUUAAAAGCAAUUCAAUUCAAAAUUCAAAAACAAAAUGUGUAACAAGAACAAAAACAAACAGAAUAAGUAAUCCAUAAAAAUAUUUAAAGAAUUAUUUAUGUAAACUAACUUUGUAUUAAUGGUAAAUCUUAAGUUAAGCCCAACACACACAAACGAAAUGAACGACUGUUUAAUUAAAAAUUUAGAAAAAAAAGACAUUUAUGAAAACACAAAAAUAAAAACAACAAAAAUGCAAUGCAACAACUCUGCAAACAAAAACAUUGAUAAAAAAAAAUGAAGACAAAAUGAAGCCGCAAAGAAAAAAUACAUGCAGUAUAACGAAAUAAAUUUUGCAUAAUUUUAAGUAUUUUUCCAUUAUCAAGAAGAACAAGAAGAAGCAAAAACUAUGAUUACAUUUAAUAACAAAAAGAAAAAAAGUUUAUUAAAAAAAUUAAGAAAAAGAAAAUCCAAAAAACUUACACUGAAUAUAUAUACUGCAUAAGACACGGACCAUUUAGACGGACAAAAGGACAUAACAUUCAAUCUUAAUAACUUACACAUACAUAUAGCAUUGCAAAAAUGUUCUAAAACAUACACACAUACACUUACACACCUAAACAAAAGAGAAUCUUAUGUAUUUGUCUUGUUAAAUAGAGCCCAGUUAAAUACAUGAUGUUCUCUUUAUUUGCCCAUAAACACACUUACCCAUACACUCACAUAUACAUACAAACACACACAUUUACGCUUUACAAAGCAACAUUUGAUGGUUAAACAUAAGCCCACACUAAAAUCCCAAAAGUCUUGGUAACAAAAUUCGAAAUACGCUUAACAAAAACGAAACUUUUUUCGUGAGUCAUAUUUUUUAAUUUACUUGUUUCCCUUUUUUAUUAAAACUUUUUCCUAACCGGAUAUUAAAGAGAAAAAACAAAACAAAUUGAAAGUAAAAAUUUAAUUAUGAAAAAAAAAAACAAAACAAAACAAAAAAAAUUUAUAUAAAAUCAAUCAUUAAAUCUUUUUUAGAUAUUAUUAUAUAUGUAUUUAAAAAAAUUUAAACUUAAUCUUAUAAGCAAUUCAAAGCAAACUAUAAAAAACCAAAUUCUACAACUCUCC